UCACCAAAAUCACCGAGACUGACUCCUUCUUGAGGCAUUUUAAUAUUCAUUCCCUAGUUUGUGCUUUUACUUUGUCAACAUGUGGACUCAGAAAAGUACGCUUGCACUUAUAAAGGACAUUCGCCUCAAUCCAUGUUUGUGGAAUUUACAAUGUGAAGACUACAAGAAUCGAACGAAAAGGGUUAACGCUUACAAAGCUUUAGGUGCCAAGUACGGCAUCAACGGAAAGGAGAUAGAACAAAAAUUUCAUGCUUUAAAGAAUCAGUUUCGGAGAGAACACAGGCGGCUGGAGAAACAGGAAGAAGGCUUGUCUCCUAAGCAAAUACAUUGGUUCGGAUAUGAACCCUUAUUGUUCUUGCUUAAUAACUGUGUGAAGCCUAGUCAAGAUAAAUUUAUGACUGAACAGGAUUUGGAAGAUUCACAAUGUAAACAGGAGUUACUCAAGUUGGAGGUUGAAACCCCAGAAUAUGAAGAAUAUGAAGUUUUAGAGAGUGAAACAAUGUCACCUAAACAGUCCCAACCAGUAUCAUUCACACCUGUAAAAAAGAAAAACAAAGAAACUGGCGUUGCCACAGCAACAGAGGCAUUUAAGUGUAUGAGGACUUUAGCCGAGAAAAUUUGUUCAAGAGACGAGUUUGAUAUUUACGGAGAAUACAUAGCGUAUAAGUUAAGAGAAAGUGGACGUUCUAAUAAAGAGAUAUCUAUAGCACAGCAUGAAAUAAAUACAAUUUGCUUUAAGUUGUGUAUGGGAGAGUUUGCACAAAACAUUGAGCAUUCAUUGGCGGGCUCCGUCCAUUCAAAUCCUGAGACUGAGGAGGUUGAGCUGAGGUAUGUGCAGUAUGCCGACGGAGACCUGCAGGUAGAUCCUAGUUAAAUGUAGUAAGAAAAAGGAGUAAGGGUAAGUUGUGACUGAAAGUUAAAAUUAGGUACCUAUUAUUUAGUGACUAUAUUGAAUAAAAGCCAUUUUAAAACAUA